AUGCCUACUACCAAUUUCUGCAAUACAGAUUGGGAGGAAUUUGUGCUGCACUCUUCAAUAGCAACAGGUCUGAAGAGUACCAAGGAUGAAAUUCUCAAGGGUCUUUAUGUCAUGAUUACGAGGAGACCAACCAAGAAGGGGCAAGCCAAAGCCAAAUUCCCUGGCAGUCUGUUCAUCUCCAGCAUGUGGAAAGGGCUGCUCCUGGGUCUGUGUGUAGUAUUGGCUGUGAGAGGACUGGCAAAGGGGGCUCCUUUCCAACCAGAAGAUAAAUGGAAGCCUCUUGAUAACCCCAGAAACAGAGACCUGUUUUUCAGAACACUCCAGGCUUACUUCUCGGGCAGGGGUCUGGAUCUCAGGAAGUUCCCAGCCACUUUCACUGUGAACAAUGAAGGACCAAGGCUCUACUCAGAUCCUAUUGCUUCUGCAUUUGCAGAUUAUGAAGAAAAGAAAAAAUCCUUUCAGAACUAUUUCAAAGGCUGAAAGAUUCUGCUGAUGAAGGCAUUAACUUCAGAAGUCCAUGCCAAGUGGAAACCUUCACAACAAAAUUUUACUGCUUUGACUUUUUAACUGUUACCUGACAAUUCCAAAGUUUCUUCACUGUCCCCAUUUCUGCCAAUAGAAUCUGGUGUCCUGCUGCAAUAAGCAUUAUUCUGUCUGUUGACAAAUGUGUGCUACUGCAGUCUGUGAGCAGAAUUGUGCUUAAGUGUGAAUAAACGGGGAGUGCAUUCAACCACUGCCGAGUGUCUUUGUUCAAAAAAUAAACCUUCCCCUUCCCUGGGAAAUAAACCUUCCCUUUCAGUUUAUUA